AUGGAGACCGAGGGGGAGCCGGGGCCGGCGGGGUUGGAGCAGCCCCGGGAGGGUUCCCGGGAGGGUUCCCCGGAGGGUUCCCCGGAGGAUCCCCGUGAGGAGCGGCUGGCCCGGGUUGCGGGGCUGGCUCUGGCCGUGUCCCCGGAGCGCUGGCGGCGCUGGGCGGGCGCUGCGGCGGGGCCGGCGCUGCGCGGAUUCGUGCGGGGAGCGGCGGGGCCGGCGCUGCUCGCCUGGCGGGGCCCGGCCGGGGAGCUGGGGAUGAGCCCCGGGCCGCCCCCGCCGCCCCCCGGAGCCACCAAGGCCAUCUUCUUCCUCCGGCCGGCCGGAGCUGGCCCCGGGCCCGCCGAGCUGCUGUGCGGGGACCUGCCCGCACAGCCCCUGCCGCACUUCGCCGCCGUGCUGGAGGAGGUGAUUGUGCCCAUCCUGACAAACCGGAGGAACCACCAGGGCUGGCCACGAGUGGUGUCACAAGACAUCAUCCACCAUGUGCACAGCCUGAAAAGCACUGUCUUCAAGGUUAUGGGCCAAGUGGAUGGAAAGACCUUGCUGCCUCUUCCAGCUGGCUCGGAGAGAUUCGAGAACAUUGAUCCUAAAAAUGAGAAUUUCUUGGAGCUGAUCAAUAAAUCCCUUGUACAUGCCACCGAGUCAGCCAUCAUCGACUGGAGCCAGCAGGUCCAGAGAGUGCUGAAGAAAGAGUCCUCAGAGCCUCUCCUGCGAGGCACCAACCCAACCCCAAGGGUGGAGCUGGAGUUCUGGAAGAGCAGGUGUGCUGACCUGGAAGGCAUUCACAGCCAGCUGACAUCCAGGAGGGUCAGGAACAUGCUGGAGGUGCUGGAGAGAGCACAGAGCAUCUUCGUGCCAGCCUUCCAAAACAUGCUGAUGGAUGUUGAGGCAGCUCUGAGCGAGGCUCAGGACAUUGACCUGCACCUGACCCCUCUCCAGCAGCCCCUGGAGGAGAUAGAAGCUGUUGAGUUCAGCAGGGUGAAGCCUCUCCUGGUGCCUCUGCUGCACGUGGUGUGCUGGAUUUGGGUCACCUCCAAGCACUACAGCGUGCCCCUGCGGGUCGUGGUGCUGCUCCAGGAAAUCUGCAACCUUCUCAUUCAGCAGGCCGUGGUGUACCUGUGUCCAGAAGACCUUCUGAGAGGAGAGAUGGAAGAGAGCCUGGGCAAGGUGCAAACAGUGUUUGACAUCCUGAACACCUUCAAAGGAGCAUUUGAGGAGAGAAGGGAAAACCUGCACGUGUAUUAUGAGCCAGGCCAGGAAGUGAGGGAGUGGGACUUCCACACCAGACUGGUGUUUGCAAGGCUGGACAGCUUCCUGCAGAGGCUGGAGAUGGUCAAGGGUCUCCUGAGCACAGCCCUGGACCUGACACAGCUGGAGAAGAUUGAGUUUGGGGGGAUGAAAGGGAAGGCCCUGGGCCAGCAGGUGCUGGACAUGUAUGAGGAGUUCCAGGAGAGCUACCAGGUGUUCUCAGAGCGAACCUACGACUGCCUGGACCUGGCCAACGUGGAGUUUGUGCAGGAUGCCUUGGACUUCCAGCAGAAGGUGGAGGACAUUGACCGUCGGCUGGGCGCUGUGUUCAGCCGGGCCUUCAGCGACGCCCCGGACAUGGAGCACAUCUUCAAGCUGCUGGCCAUGUUCCGGAACCUUCUGGAGCGCCCUGCGAUGGCUGCAGUGGCUGCUGACAAGGUCCCUGUCCUCCUCAGCAUGUUCAGCACUGCCCUGGAGCAGGCCAGGCUCACCUACACCAGGCACACCCAGGCAGGGCUGCAGCUCGGCUUCCCCCCCCUGCACAAGAACGUCCCUCCCGUGGCCGGAGCGCUGGGCUGGGCACAGGAGCUGCGGGCUCGGAUCCAGCGGCCCUUGGAGCACUUCAGGCACAUCCCAGGGCUGAGCUUGGACUCUGCCCGUGGAAGGAGGGUGCUGCAGAAAUAUGAAGAAAUGAUCCAGCUGCUCGACAGGUAUCAGGAAAAGCUGUAUCUAGACUGGUCCCAGACAGUCUCAGAAGAAUCCCAGUACAACCUCACUCAGCCUCUCAUCCGGCGAGAUCCACAGACCAAACUGAUCUCCGUCAAUUUUGAUCCCCAGCUGGUGUCGGUGCUGAGGGAGGUGAGCUACCUGAGGGGCAGCGGGGCAGGAGCCAUCCCCCCGGCAGCAGCCGAGAUCUAUUCCUGCAAGGAAUCCUUCCGGCAGCUGGUGGCCAGCCUGGAGCUGAUGGGGAACACGUACAACAAGGUCCUGAGGACGGUGCUGGAGGUGGAAUAUCCUCUGCUGCAGGGGAGGCUGCAGGACAUCGACUCGAAGCUGAGAGAGGCAGAGGAAACACUGACCUGGAAGACAGAGGGUGUCUGGGAUCACCUCUCUGGGGUGAUGGGCGAUGUCUGUGACCUGGAGCAGAGGUUGCAGAAAGCCAAGGACAACGUUCAGGAGAUCCAGAGCAUCGUGCACUCGUGGCAGUCGCCCAUAUUCGAGAGGAGGGAUCCCAAAAAGGAGUCAGUGCUGAGCCUGGAGGAGUGCCAGGAGUGCCUGGAACGGCGCUACAGCCUCGUCAGGGAGGCUGGGCAGAGGAUCCACUCCCUGGUGAAGGAAAACCAGAGCCUCCUGCUUGCAGAGCCAGCAUCUGAUGCCUGGAAGGUGUAUUUGGAUUAUGUGGAUGAGAUAGUCCUGGGUGGAUUCUUCACUGCCAUUGAGUGCUCGCUCAAGCACCUCCUGGAGAACACAGAUCCCAAGGCAGGGCUCGCUCCCCUGUUUGAGGUGCAGCUGGAUUUGGUGAUCCCAGAUUUGGUGUUUCACCCUCCCUUGGACCCUGGUGCCAAUGAUGGCUUCUGUGACAAGGUGGAAGGUCUUCUCCAGGGCAUCUACCACAUCUCCUCGCUGGUGCCACGGCUGGCCACACACAGCGGCUUCUGCCACUACCAGGCUGACCUGGAGGACAUGCCUGACCUGUCUGCGGUGCGCCAGGAGCUGCUGUGCCGCGCUCAGGCCGCGGUGGCCGCGUGCCGCGAGCAUCGCGCGGGGCUGGAGCGCUACUCGCAGCUGUACGGCGAGGACAGGAGGGAGCUGUGCCGCCAGCUCCUGCUCCAUGGCCGUGUCCUCACGCCUGCCGACCUGGAGGCCCACGGCGAGGCCGGGGUCCCCGCGGCGCCGCCGGCGCUGCAGCGGUUCAGGGAGCAGAUCGACUCGUACGAGCGGCUCUACGAGGAGGUGGCUGGCAUGCAGCCCGUCUGCUCCUUCCAGGGCUGGCUGAGGCUCGAUGCACGGCCCUUCAAGGCAGCCUUGCUCAAUGAGAUUAAAAGGUGGAGCUUGGUGUUCAAGCAGCACCUCCUGGACCACGUCACGCGCAGCUUGGCUGAGCUGGACGAGUUCAUCCGAACUGCCGAGAAAGGUUUGAGCAGAAAGGUGGAGAAAGGUGACUAUGGUGGCUUGGUGGAGGUCAUGGGGCACCUGCUGGCUGUGAAGGAACGGCACAGUGCCACUGAUGCCAUGUUUGAGCCCCUGAAGGAAACCAUUGAGCUGCUGAGGGCCUACGAGCAGCAGCUGCCCGAGGAAGUCCACCAGCAGCUGGAGGAGCUGCCGGAGAAGUGGAGCCAGGUGAAGAAGCUGGCUCAGGCCGUGAAGCAGCAGGUGGCCCCUCUGCAGGCCAGCGAGGUGACAGCGCUGCGCCAGAGCUGCGCCAGCUUCGACGCCCAGCAGCUGCGGCUCCGCGAGCGCUUCGGGAGGGAGGCUCCCUUCAGGUUUGACACCGAAAAGCCUUAUCAACUGCUGGAUGCAAAGCACAUGGAGAUUAAACAGAUGGAGUCAGCCAUGACCUCAAUUUAUGAAUCAGCUGGUCUGUUUGAAGUCACGGUGCCAGAGUACAAACAGCUGAAGCAGUGCAGGAAGGAGCUGUGUCUUCUCAAAGAGCUCUGGGACAUGAUCUCCCUGGUGAACACCAGCCUCGAUGACUGGCAGACCACCAAGUGGGUGGAUAUCAAUGUGGAGAACAUGGAUCUGGAGUGCAAAAAGUUUGCAAGAGAGAUUCGGAACUUGGAUAAGGAAAUGAGGGCGUGGGACGCUUUCAGCGGGCUGGACAGCAAGGUGAAGAACAUGCUGACAGCCCUGAAGGCUGUGGCAGAACUUCAAAACCCUGCCAUCAGGGAAAGGCACUGGAACCAGCUGAUGCAGGUGACGGGCGUGAGGUUUGUGAUGGACUCGGACACCACCCUGGCUGACCUCCUCAAGCUCAACCUGCACAGAUUUGAGGGGGAGGUCCACGGCAUUGUGGACAAAGCAGUGCGAGAAAUGAGCACGGAGAAGGUGCUGAGGGAGCUGAGGGUGACUUGGAGCUCCAGGGAGUUUCAGUAUGAGCCUCACCCCCGCACCAACAUCCCCCUGCUGAAGUCAGAUGAGGAGCUCAUUGAAACUCUAGAAGACAACCAGGUGCAGCUGCAGAAUUUAAUGUCAUCUAAAUACAUUGCUUUCUUCCUGGAGGAGGUGUCUGCCUGGCAGAGGAAGCUCUCCACCGCUGACUCCGUCAUCUCCCUCUGGUUCGAGGUGCAGCGCACGUGGUCUCACCUGGAGAGCAUUUUCAUAGGCUCGGAGGACAUCCGGGCACAGCUGCCCCAGGACUCCAAACGUUUUGAAGGCAUAGAUGUGGAUUUUAAAGAACUGGCCUAUGAAGUUCAGAAAACCCCAAACGUGGUUGAAGCCACCAAUAAACCAGGUCUGUCCCAACAGCUGGAGGACAUCCAGAGGAGGUUGUCUCUGUGUGAGAAGGCUUUGGCUGAAUAUUUGGACAUGAAAAGGUUGGCCUUUCCCAGAUUUUACUUCAUUUCUUCUGCGGAUUUACUGGAUAUUCUUUCCAAUGGCACCAACCCUCAUCUGGUGCAGCAUCACCUCUGCAAACUCUUUGACAACUUGGCCAAGCUGAAAUUCCAGGUGGACUCUGAGCAGAAGAGCACCAAGGUUGGCCUGGGAAUGUACAGUAGAGAGGAGGAAUAUGUCCAGUUUAGUGAACCCUGUGACUGCAGCGGGCAGGUCGAGGUGUGGCUGAGUCGCCUGCUGGACACCAUGAGGGCCACGGUGAGGGACGAGAUGAGCGCGGCUGUGGCGGCCUACGAGGACAAGCCGAGGGACCAGUGGCUCUUUGACCACCCUGCCCAGGUGGCUCUUUGCUGCACCCAGAUCUGGUGGACAGCUGAGGUGGGCAUGGCCUUCUCCAGGAUGAAGGAAGGCUAUGAGAAGGCCAUGAAGGAGUACCACAAGAAGCAGGUGGCCCAGCUGAACACGCUGGUGACGAUGCUGCUGGGGCAGCUCUCCAAGGGGGACAGGCAGAAGAUCAUGACCAUCUGCACCAUUGACGUGCACGCACGAGACGUGGUGGCAAAGAUGAUAGCACAGAAGGUGGGCAGUGCCCAGGCCUUCCUGUGGCUGUCGCAGCUACGGCACCGCUGGGCGGACGAGGAGCGGCACUGCUGGGCCAACAUCUGCGACGCUCAGUUCCUCUACUGCUACGAGUACCUGGGCAACACCCCACGGCUCGUCAUCACCCCCCUGACCGACAGGUGUUACAUCACCCUGACCCAGUCUCUGCACCUGACCAUGAGCGGGGCCCCCGCGGGUCCCGCUGGCACCGGCAAGACAGAGACCACCAAGGACCUGGGCCGUGCCCUGGGCAUCAUGGUGUACGUGUUCAACUGCUCCGAGCAGAUGGACCACAAGUCUUGUGGGAAUAUUUACAAAGGCCUUUCCCAGACAGGAGCCUGGGGCUGUUUUGAUGAAUUUAAUAGGAUCUCAGUUGAGGUCCUUUCUGUGGUUGCUGUACAGGUGAAGAGUGUGCAGGAUGCAAUCCGGGAGAAGAAGAAAUCCUUCAAUUUUCUUGGAGAAGACAUUAACUUAGUCCCCUCAGUGGGGAUUUUCAUCACCAUGAACCCUGGUUAUGCAGGACGAACCGAGCUACCUGAGAAUUUAAAAGCUCUCUUCAGGCCCUGUGCCAUGGUGGUGCCAGACUUUGAGCUGAUCUGUGAGAUUAUGCUGGUGGCCGAGGGCUUCCUCGAGGCCCGGGCCUUAGCCAGGAAGUUCAUCACGCUCUACCAACUCUGCAAGGAGCUCCUGUCCAAGCAGGACCACUAUGACUGGGGUCUGCGGGCCAUCAAGUCAGUGCUGGUGGUGGCCGGCUCCCUGAAGCGCGCAGACCCCGAGCGGCCCGAGGAGCAGGUCCUGAUGCGCUCCCUCCGGGACUUUAACAUCCCCAAGAUCGUGGCAGACGAUGUGCCAGUGUUCAUGGGGCUGAUUGGGGACCUGUUCCCUGCGCUGGAUGUGCCUCGGAAGCGCGACCUGGAUUUUGAGGCCGUGGUGAAGGAGGCUGUGCUGGAGCUGCGGCUGCAGCCUGAGGACAACUUUGUGCUCAAAGUGGUGCAGCUGGAGGAGCUGCUGAGUGUGAGGCACUCUGUGUUCCUGGUGGGUGCUGCAGGCACGGGCAAGUCUCAGGUGCUGAGGUCCCUGCACAGAACCUACCAGAGGAUGAAGCGCCGUCCUGUCUGGACAGACCUCAACCCCAAAGCGGUCACCAACGAUGAGCUAUUCGGCAUCAUCAACCCAGCAACACGAGAGUGGAAGGAUGGUAAAUGUCUUUUUGUGGCUGAAUUUGGAGAUAAAAAGGGACUGUUUUCAUCAAUCAUGAGAGAGCUGGCCAACAUCUCACAUGAUGGUCCCAAGUGGAUGGUACUAGAUGGAGAUAUUGAUCCAAUGUGGAUUGAAUCUCUUAACACUGUGAUGGAUGAUAAUAAGGUGCUGACCCUGGCCAGCAAUGAGAGGAUCCCUCUGAACCCCACCAUGAGGCUGCUGUUUGAGAUCAGCCACCUGCGCACGGCCACCCCGGCCACCGUGUCCCGGGCAGGGAUCCUGUACCUCAACCCCUCGGAUCUGGGCUGGAAUCCCCCCGUGAGCAGCUGGAUUGACGGGCGGGAGGUGCAGUCUGAGAGAGCCAACCUGACCAUUCUGUUUGACAAGUACCUGCCCGUGUGCCUGGACACCCUGAGAGCCAGAUUUAAGAAGAUUAUUCCCAUUCCUGAGCAGAGCAUGGUUCAGAUGCUGUGUUACCUCCUGGAAUGCCUCCUGACGGAGGACAACACACCUCCUGACUGUCCCAAGGAGCUUUAUGAACUUUACUUUGUCUUUGCUGCUGUCUGGGCCUUCGGUGGGUCCAUGUUCCAGGACCAGCUUGUGGACUACAGAGUGGAGUUCAGCAAGUGGUGGGUGACAGAAUUCAAGACGAUCAAGUUUCCUUCUCAGGGCACAGUCUUUGACUUUUAUGUUGAUCCAGAAACAAAGAAGUUUGAGCCUUGGUCUAAGCUUCUUCCCCAGUUUGAAUUUGAUCCAGAGGUGCCACUGCAGGCCUGCCUGGUGCCCACGGCCGAGACGAUUCGCCUGCGGUUCCUGGUGGCCAGGCUGCUGCAGCGCCGGCGCCCCGUGCUGCUGGUGGGCGCUGCUGGCACCGGCAAGUCCGUGCUGCUGGGGGACACGCUCUGCUCGCUGGACACAGACCUCUUCCUGGUCAAGAAGGUCCCCUUCAACUACUACACCACCUCUGCUGUGCUGCAAGGUGUGCUGGAGAAGCCUCUGGAGAAAAAGGCUGGCAGGAAUUACGGCCCUCCAGGCACCAAGAGGCUGGUGUACUUCAUGGACGACCUGAACAUGCCCGAGGUGGACGCGUACGGCACCGUGCAGCCCCACACCCUGCUCAGGCAGCACCUGGACUAUGGCCACUGGUACGACAGGAGCAGGCUGUCCCUGAAGGAGAUCAGCAACGUGCAGUACGUGUCCUGCAUGAACCCCACUGCGGGGAGCUUCACCAUCAACCCCCGGCUCCAGCGUCACUUCUGUGUCUUCGCUCUGUCCAACCCUGAUCAGGACGCCUUGUCCAGGAUCUACAGCACCAUCUUAGUGCAGCACCUGGCCACUGGGAAUUUCUCAGAGGCUGUGCAAAAAUCAGCCCAGCAGCUCAUUGCCCUGGCCCUGGGGCUGCAUCGGAGGGUGGCUGCCACUUUCCUGCCCACAGCUGUCAAGUUCCACUAUGUUUUCAACCUCAGAGACUUCUCCAAUAUCUUCCAAGGCCUCCUGUUCUCUACCCCUGAAUGCCUGAAGCAGCCCCAGGACCUGGUGAAGCUCUACCUGCAUGAGUCAAACAGGGUGUACCGUGACAGGAUGGCUGAAGAAAUGGAUUGUGACACUUUUGAUAAAAUCCAGCGGGAGAUGGUGAAGAAAUGCUACGAUGACGUUGAAGAUACUUUAGAGCAGGCUAAACACAUGAAUAUUUAUUGCCAUUUUGCCAAAGGCCUUGGGGAACCUGGCUAUAGGCCAGUUCCAAGCUGGGAGGAGCUGAACCAAAUCCUCGUGGAAGCCUUGGACAGCUACAAUGAAGUCAACGCUGCCAUGAACCUGGUACUGUUUGAGGAUGCCAUGUGCCACGUCUGCCGCAUCAACCGCAUCCUGGAGGCGCCGCGGGGGAACGCGCUGCUGGUCGGCGUGGGAGGCAGCGGGAAGCAGAGCCUGACCCGCCUGGCAGCCUUCCUCAGCUCCCUGGAAGUCUUCCAGAUCACUCUGAGGAAAGGCUACGGUGUCCCUGACCUCAAGGCAGACCUGGCAAACCUGUACCUGAAGGCUGGGCUGAAGAGCGUGGGCUCCGUGUUCCUGCUGAGCGACGUGCAGCUGGCGGACGAGCAGUUCCUGGUGCUGGUGAACGACUUCUUGGCAUCAGGGGAAAUCCCGGAUCUCUUCCCUGAUGAUGAAGUGGAAAACAUCAUCAGCAGUGUGAGGAAUGAAGUCAGAGGCCGGGGCCUGCUGGAUUCCAGGGAGAAUUGCUGGAGGUUUUUCAUUGAGCGAGUUCGCCGGCAGCUCAAGGUGAGGUAG